AUGAAUCAUGUGAAUCUAACACUGUUUCAUUUAAAAGUUACUCUCACUCUCCUAUACAUCUCUUCACCAUAUUUUCUUCCAUUCCAAAAAGUUUCUAUAUAAGAACGUACAAAUAAACUAAAUAUUUUUCAAAUGAAAUCGGUAUCUUUACUUGCAAUUCUUCUUCUCCAUCUCUUUGUUAGUAGUAAUAGUUUCCGAUUGGAUCUCUUGAACUAUGUGGCAAGCGGGUCAAGCAUACCGGAUUGCUCGCACGCGUGUGGACCAUGUAGACCAUGCAAGCUCGUUGUGGUUAGUUCCACGUGCUCCGCUUCUGAGGCUUGUCCUGUCGUCUACAAGUGCUUGUGCAAAGGCAAAUACUAUCACGUGCCUUCCAUUGCCUAACCCCUCUCCACGUCACGUGACCUUGUUCACAUC